AAAGUUUUCCAACCAAAGAAAAAAUAGAACUGUUCAUGCUCUUAGAACAAACUUGACCCUAGCUAGAAGUUUACAUUUCUUGGUAGGAUCCAUUAAAGGUUAGAUAUACCCUCACUCCUACACUUGUUUAAUUGCAAGGACUUGAUGCUUCCAGAUCUCCCAAUGGAUCCAUCGUAUUUGAGCUUCAAAUCAAAGAAGAAUCUCAAUCGUUUGGAAAGGAGAUGAAGCUCAUCAGGGCUCCCAAUACCCAGAUAUGGUUCUAAACAUUCAGUUCAUGUUAGGGGUCUCGAAAGUGUGAAAUCUGGGUGGAAGUGCUUUCUGCAUGACUGCUGUGACAGAUGAAAAUGAAGGCUGCCAGAGGGACAUUUGCAAUUUUCCUUCCUCUAGCCCUGGCUUUUCUCCUGUCUUUUGCUGCUUGCACUGAGUCAAGGACAAAGGUGAAUGGAAAAAGGCAGCAGGCAGCAAUUUUUUCAAGAUCCCAUGUGAAUGGAAAAAAGUUGCAGCAUGCAAAAGCGGGCGAGAACAAAGCUUUGCAUUCAGAUAGAGCAAGAAAGGAUUCGUCGAAUACGUGGUGCAUUGCAAAGCCUUCCAUAGAUAAUGAAAGACUUCAGCACAACGUGGAAUACAGCUGCGCACAAGCACAUGUCAACUGUAGUAGCAUUCAGGCCGGAGGUAGCUGUUUCCAUCCAAACAAUGUAAACUCACAUGCCUCUGUUGUCAUGAAUCUCUUCUACCAGACUGCCGGGAAGCACCACUGGAACUGCCAUUUCAAUGCAACUGGUCUCAUCGUCUUUGUCAACCCAUCUUUUGGCAAUUGCCAGUAUCCAGCUUGAUUAGAGAGCUCAGGGAUAAGAAGUGAAGCAAUUAAGAACAUACUCAUGUUUCAGUUGAAUAAGUCAGAAGGUUUUCACAGUAAUUGUUGUAAUGGAUGAGAUAGACAAAGCUCGAUACUGAAUAAGAAACAAAAGGUAGUCGUGGUUUUUAUUUUGGUAUGAUUAAGAUCUGAUUUCCGAUGCAAACAUUUGUUUGAAUUCCAUACAAAAAGAUUUUUCGAGUUGUCUGAAUUUGAGGUUUUAAGUAGUACAGUGAUAAACGCAUAAAGUAGGCUCGACGUAUUAUUAAACACUUACUUAAUGUUAUCUAAAAAAUUCACAUUAUUAAAAAUAAAUGUUGUAGAACCUACUUCAGAUGUCUUAUCUUUCUUUUCUUUUUCGUGAAAUUCUUAAAUCCUAGAUCGAGGACAUGUCAAUCCAACAAUGUGGUAAUUGCAUUCGAUUUAAAGUAAAGUUAAAAAAAGGACUAAUAAAAACAGUUCCUCUUCUAAGCGAUCCGA